AUCUCUCUUUUCCUCUGCAGCAUAGUGCGCGCACACACUCGUUCAACCUCGUCUCCUCGCAAAAUGUCCAUCAGCAGCGCGCCGUUCCAGUGGGAAGCUGGAAUUGGAAGUGGAGUGAGAAGAAACUCAACAUUAAUAUGUGCUUCGACAAGCGCGGAAUCAGUGGAAGAAAUGGUGUUUGAGAUGGUGAAGGCAAAAGAAUUGGGUGCUGAUCUAGUAGAGGCUCGGUUGGACUUCUUGAAUGACUUCCAUCCUACUCAACAUCUUCCUUCUCUAAUCAAUAACCGUCCUUUGCCCAUUUUAAUCACUUACAGACCGAUAUGGGAAGGAGGAGACUAUGAUGGUGAUGAAAGCCAGCGACAAGAUGCUCUACGUCUAGCCAUUGAAUUGGGAUCAGAGUUUGUUGAUGUUGAGCUAAAGGUGGCUGAUGAGUUUUACAAAUCCAUUGGAGGGAAGAAGGCUGAGAGUGUGAAGAUCAUUGUGUCUUCACACAACUUGGAAAGUACUCCAUCCGUGGAGGAAAUAGGCAACCUUGCUGCAAGAAUUCAGGCUACCGGGGCAGAUGUGGUCAAGAUUGCUACAACCGCCUUAGACAUCACAGAUUGUGCACGUCUUUUCCAAGUCCUAGUGCACUCUCAGGUCCCAAUGAUUGGAAUUGCAAUGGGUGAGAAGGGAUUUAUAUCACGGAUACUCUGCGCAAAAUUUGGAGGAUUUCUCACGUUUGGUUCAAUUGAGGCUGGAGCUAUAUCAGCUCCAGGACAAACAACUAUCAAAGAAUUGUUGGAUUUGUACAAUUUUAGGCAGAUUGGGGUUGGCACCAAAGUGCAUGGUGUUAUAGGAAAUCCUAUUGGUCAUAGCAAAAGUCCUCAUCUUUAUAAUCCAGCUUUCAAGUCAGUGGGAUUUGAUGGAAUUUACUUGCCUUUGUUGAUCGAUAAUGUCUCAGAUUUUCUCAACACUUACUCGUCUCCUGAUUUCGUUGGAUACAGCUACACGAUUCCUCACAAGCAGAAUGGACUUAGAUGUUGCGAUGAGGUCGAUCCUAUUGCCAAGGCAAUAGGAGCUAUUAGUUGCAUGAUUAAGAGACCAAAUGAUGGAAGGCUAAUAGGCUAUAAUUUUGAUUAUCUUGGUGCCAUUGCAGCUAUUGAGGAACGACUACAUCUACAAGAUUCAAACGGAAGAUCCAUAUCUGGUUGUUCACCUUUGUAUGGCAAACUGUUUGUGGUUAUGGGAGCUGGAGGGGCUGGAAAGGCACUAGCUUAUGGUGGAAAAGAAAAGGGUGCAAGAGUAGUUGUUGCCAAUCGUACAUAUGCCAAAGCCAAAGAACUUGCCACUAAAGUGGGAGGAGAGGCCAUUACUCUAUCUGAAUUAGAGAGCUUCCACCCGGAACAAGGGAUGAUUCUUGCAAAUACUACAUCUGUUGGAAUGAAACCAAAAAUUGACCUGACACCCAUACCAAAGGAAGCCCUGAAACACUACUCCUUGGUAUUUGAUGCCAUCUACACACCCAAAUUGACAAGACUCCUUCGAGAAGCACAAGAAACUGGAGCUGCCAUCGUCUAUGGUACAGAAAUGUUCAUCAACCAAGCAUUCAUGCAGUUUGAAAUGUUCACAAAGUUGCCAGCACCAAAGCAACACAUGAGGGAUGUGCUGGCAAGAAAUACGUGAGAAUAAGAUACUUCAACUUAUUUGAGGUAUCAACCAAGUUGACUUUUGUGAGUGUUCACGAUUUUAUUCGAUGUCUCCGUAGAUUAAAGAAGAAAAGGAUUUAUAAUCUGUAAUCAACCUUAAUUCCCAUCGAAUGUGGGACUCUUGGUUAGAGUAAUUUAAGCAAUCUGCUUGGUUCCCCUCAAA